CAUCCUCACUGUCCCCCGGGCCAUUAACCCCCUACCGUCUCCGCCACUCCACGCACACCACAACUGCCACCACCACCAUCACAACCAACCUCACACCCAGCAGCACCACCAGCCUCCUCCUUCCCCGUUACUCCCCAUCUUCGGCCCUACACCUACACCACUCCGAAGACCCCUUAAUCUUCCAAAUCGGCACGCGGAACCUCCAAGCCGGGUACCCAAGCGAGCCGCACCCGCGCUGCAUCCUGCCCUGGACCAAUCCCGAAUUCUGGAAGCGAUCGGGCGACCUGUGGGGUCUGGGGGGAUGGUACUCGCCGACGGGCACCUCAUCCGCUUCGCGUGGGGAAUUAUGGCACAAUGUGGAGACCAUCGAGGACGCACUCGAGCGGGGUGUGAGGGUUGCGUAUAACAAGUACUUAUUGCUGGAUUCGAAAACGCGAAGGAUAGUGUUAUUGGUGAAGACGGAGGUGGACAUGGGUGUGCUGAGCAAGGUCGUCAAGAGCCUAUUCGUGCACUUCCAAAUGCCGGCCGUGAUGUUAAUGCAAGAGCCUGUUAUGGCGGUCGUUGGAGCGGGAGUCAGGAGCGGGGUGGUGCUGGACGUGGGCUGGAAUGAGGCCGUGAUAAACGUAGUCUACGAAAUGAGAGUGGUAGGCCCCGGCAAACGCAGUCGCCGCGGGGGCCGCACAUACCGGGACUUUUGGCGGAAAUUCCUCCAAGAAGAAUAUUCCUCCUCCUCCAGUGACGAGGACAACGGCAACGGCACUAGCGAAGACAACGAGAUACCGGUAGCAGACUGGGAAGUGGAAGAAAUCCUCACCAGAGCCAGCUGGUGCCAAUCGUCAUCCCCCUCCUCCCGCCACCAAGACGAAAUAACGAUAACAAUCCCCUUAACAACACCCACACCCCCCAAAACACUAACAUUCCCCUUCAACAAACUCGCCACACCCGCCGAAAAAACCUUCUUCGCAACCACGACCACAGACUCACCCACCCCCGAAUAUCCCGACGACGAUGAUUAUGCUCUCCCAGAGCUCGUGUACCGUGCCCUCCGCGACUGUCCCAUUGAUGUCCGCGCUGCCGUCAUGCAGCGCAUCAUUAUCACCGGCGGGGGGAGUUAUGUGCCCGGCCUGAAAAAGCGGGUGAUUGAUGAGGUACGUGUGUUGGUAAAGUGCAGGGGGUGGGAGCGUGUCGGGAGGAGGGCUGUUAAGACGGGGAAGGGGAAGAUGCCCGCAGGCAAGGAAGGGGUGGAAGAGGGGUAUCAAUGGCGCAGGGAGGCUACGGCUUCGCCGGAGGGGCAGAAGGGAGGGGGAGAUACUGGUGGUCGUGGCAGGAUCGCUGGCGUGGAAAGCUUCGGGAGUUGGGUUGGGGCUAGUCUUGUCGCCGGGAUGAAGGUUCGUGGGACUGUUGAGGUUGAGAGGGAGAAGUUUUUGGCGGCGGUGGCGGCUGGGGGAACGGGGUUUCCGUUGGACAUUUGA